AUGAACACCUCCCGGCCUCAGUUCCGCUUCUCCGGAGGCUAUCAGCCCCUUGACUCCCUCGAGUGGAGACGGGUCAUUCCGGCUCUCUUGGCGGUCAUCUGCCUGCUCGGUUUCGCGGGGAACCUGUGCGUGAUCUGCACCCUCCUCUACGGCGCUCGGAAAAAGAAGCCUUCCAUGAUCCACUCCCUGAUCCUCAACCUGAGCGCGGCCGACCUCUCGCUCCUGCUGUUCUCGGCCCCUCUGCGGGCGGCGGCGUACUCCAGGGGGGCUUGGAACUUGAGUUGGUUCGUGUGCAAGUCGGCGGACUGGUUCGCCCACGCGUGCAUGGUGGCCAAGAGCCUGACCAUGGCCGCGGUGGCCAAAGUGUGCUUCCUGUACGCCGGCAACCCGGCCAGACAAGGGCACCUCAACCAGGGCACCCUCUGGGCGGUGGUGCUGGCUAUUUGGGGGACGGCGGCCCUCUUACCCCUGCCGGAAUGGUUCUUCAGCACCUUCAGACGCGAGGCGGGGGUGGGAGUGUGCGUCACGGACGUGCCGGCCCCGGCUCGGGAGUUCGUGUACGUAUUCGGCAAGCUCUACCCGCUCCUCGCCUUUGGCUUCCCCCUGCUCUUCUCCGGCUUUUACUUCCGGAAGGCUUACGGUCGGUGCCGGCGUCGGGGGACCAAGACCCAGAACCUGAGGAACCAGGUGCGGUCCAGGCGGCUGACGGUGAUGCUGCUGAGCGUCACCGUGACCUCGGCGAUCCUGUGGCUCCCGGAGUGGGCCGCUUGGCUGUGGGUUUGGAACCUCGGGGAGGGAAGUCCCCCCCCGCCCCAAGGCCUCAUAGCCCUGUGCCAAGCGUCUAUGUUUGCCAUUUCGGCCGCAGACCCCCUCAUCUUCCUCGCGAUGUCGGAGGAGUUCAGAGAAGGCUGCGGAAGUCUGUGGAAAUGGCUGACGCCGAGAAGAGCCUUACCGGGCCCGGGGUCUCCGGCGGCGGCCCAGGCGGGUCAACCUCAGGUCCUCCCGGACGCCGGCCCGCCUCCGGACUCCAGGCCGCCCGACUCGGAGGGAGGGAAACCGCACUCUCUCCCCGAAGAGGAAAGCCUAGAGAAGAAGGAGAACCCCGUCCUCCCAGACGUAGAACAAUUCUGGCACGAGAGGGACUCGGUCCCUUCUGCUCAAGAUAACGACCCGAUCCCUUGGGAGCACGGAGAGCAGGAGACAGCGGGUUGCGAGAAAUAG